GAGAGAGAGGGAGGAUAGGGGCAUAAACAGAGAGAGGGGCAGGCGGCGGAAGACGAGAAAAGUUCGCUGUCUCUUACGGAAUUGUACAGUUCUGUUAAUACCGAAACUCGUGAAAGGAUUUUAACUUUAAACUGGCAAAAAUGAGACUUUCGCCCUUGCUGUUGGUCCCAGGGAUUUUUGUCUGUGCACUUUUCCCUUUGACAAACUGUGAAGAGCAGCAAAUCCCUGAAGAGAAACUUCUAGUUGUGACAGUUGCAACCAAAGAGACUGAUGGCUUCCAGCGUUUCUUGGGGUCGGCUAAACACUUUAACUACACUGUCAAGGUUCUCGGUCGGGGCCAGAAAUGGAUGAGUGGCGACUACAUGUCCGGUCCAGGAGGAGGCCAGAAAGUACGACUCCUUAAAGAGGCCCUGGAGGAGAUGAAGAAUGAGGACAAAGUCAUCCUUUUUAUCGACAGCUACGAUGUGGUUUUCGCCUCGGGUCCCAAAGAGCUGCUCAAGAAGUUCCAGCAGGCCAGACACAAGGUGGUGUUCUCCUCUGAGAGCCUGAUCUGGCCCAACAGACACCUGGAGGACAAAUACCCCCACGUCAUCGUUGGCAACAGGUUUCUAGGCUCAGGAGGUUUCGUUGGCUACCUUCCCAACAUCAAAGAAAUGGUUGCUGACUGGACAGGAGAAGAUAAUGACAGUGACCAGCUGUUCUUCACCAAGAUUUACAUUGAUCCAGUUAAAAGGAAAUCCAUAAAUAUGACACUGGACAGCAAAUGCAGAUUGUUCCAGAACCUUAAUGGAGCCCUCGACGAGGUGGUGCUCAAGUUUGAGGAUGGGCGGGUACGAGCCAGAAACGUGCUGUAUGAUACCCUGCCAGUCGUCAUCCAUGGGAACGGACCAACCAAGCUCCAGAUCAACUACCUGGGUAACUACAUCCCCAACACGUGGACAUUUGAGACAGGAUGCACAGUGUGUCACGAGGACCUCCGCCCACUGACAGCUAUUAAGGAGAGUGAAUACCCUCUGGUGGUCAUUGGCGUCUUCAUUCAGCAGCCCACCCCCUUUGUGACGAUGUUCUUUGAACGCCUACUAAAGCUCCAGUACCCCAAAAACAGACUCAAACUCUUCAUCUACAACAAGGAAGCUCAUCAUGAGCGUCACAUCAGCUCUUUCCUGAAGGAUCAUGGGAGCCUUUAUCAGGAUGUCAAAGUCGUCGGGCCUGAAGAGGAGAUGGACGAAGCUGCUUCCUGCAACAUGGGCUUUGACAUGUGCCGGAAGGACAAGGACUGUGACUAUUUCUUCCUCUUGGACAUUCAAGUGGUCUUAAAGAACGAGAACACACUUAAAAUUCUCAUUGAACAAAACCUGCCUAUUGUGGCACCGAUGAUAACUCGAGUUGGUCGACUGUGGAGCAACUUCUGGGGAGCCCUGAGUGCAGAAGGCUACUACGCCCGGUCCGAGGACUACGUGGACAUAGUUCAAGGACGCAGAGUGGGUGUGUGGAAUGUCCCGUACGUGUCCAGUGUGUACUUGGUGAAGGCCAGCCUGCUUCGAUCGGAGCUCGCAGACUACGAGCUGUUUAACUCAAACACCUUAGACCCCGACAUGGCUUUCUGCCACAACAUUCGCAACAAGGGAAUCUUCAUCUACGUAACCAACAUGCACACUUUCGGCCGAAUCCUGUCAACAGACAACUAUCAGACGAGCCAUCUUCAUAAUGAUCUGUGGCAGAUCUUUGAAAACCCAGUGGACUGGCAGGAGCGCUACAUUCAUGAGAACUACACUUACAUCAUGAAAGACAAGCUGAUUGAAAAUCCUUGUCCCGAUGUGUACUGGUUCCCAAUUUUCUCUGAUGUUGCUUGUAACCACAUUGUUGAAGAAAUGGAACAUUACGGGAAAUGGUCAGGAGGAGGCAAUAAGGACACCAGAAUCCAAGGUGGCUAUGAGAAUGUCCCCACUAUCGAUAUCCACAUGAAUCAAAUCAACUUUGAAAAGGAAUGGCACAAGUUCUUACUGGAGUAUAUAGCACCGAUAACGGAGAAAAUGUAUCCUGGUUACUACACCAAGGCUCAAUUUGACUUGGCCUUUGUAGUUAGAUAUAAGCCAGACGAGCAGCCGUCUUUGAGACCGCACCACGACGCCUCCACUUUCACUAUUAACAUUGCGCUCAAUCAAGUGGGCCCUGAUUACCAGGGUGGAGGGUGCAGGUUCCUCCGCUACGACUGCUCCAUUCAGGCUCCCCGUAAAGGCUGGAGCCUCAUGCACCCGGGCCGCCUCACCCACUACCACGAAGGCCUGCCCACCACCGCCGGCGUGCGCUACAUCGCCGUGUCCUUCGUGGAUCCCUGAACCCUCUUUUAUGGAAAAUUGUUUGUCACUUUUGUUUCCAACGCUUUUUUGAAUUUAUGGUCAAUAAACCUCAUUUAUAUUAAAUUAUACCAAAUUUUUGAUGAAAAAAACCCCCAUAAAUUAUUAAUUAUUUUGACUAAUAGUUACGUAUGUUGAUGGAUAAUCACGGCCUGUCUCAUGUAUGGAACUAUCAGUGGUGUUUUUGGGCAUAGAAACUUUGAAAACGGGUGAAAUUUGACCCGAGGACAACAUGAGGGUUAAGUGCUGUCAAGUAAUUAACGAAACCAAAUUAAUUAAAAUAAUUAAAUAAAUAUAUUUUUUUUUUAUAGCUCAAAUCCAAGGAAACUGCUGACUUGGUUGAAAUGUGAAAGAACAGCAAAGUGGCAAAAACAACUAAUGAAAUCACUCAAUUCUCAUUGUGGCAGGUAGACUGACAGUUUCACCCUUAUUCGGCACGUGGCUGGGGGUUAGUUGGGCUUUAAAAGGGUUCAGGGGAAGACCUAGGUACUGUUCAUGUGAGACUCCCAACAAAGAUGGAACAGAAGUGAGAUGUCUCACUCUGUAGCUAAAACAGAGAGCCCAACACACAGGGUGAA